AUGCUACCGCUUUGUUCCUUUUGUUACUUCGCUUUUGUUGCUCCAUCCAGGCCGCGUCUCUUGAGCCGUGUGGUCGAGGAGCUGGGCCUCCUCUCAUUGCUCCCUUCGGUGACCAAGGAGAAAUGCUCGAAGCUGAGCGAUGACAAGGAGAAAUGCACAAAGCAGAGCGAUGACAAGGAGGAUCAGAUCGGAGAGCCCGUGGUGUUCAAGUUCAAAGGCCUUCCAAGUUUCAAGGUGCACGUGGAGCUGGCUGGUGACGCUCGGUGGCCAUGUGUGCGGUCCGUGGAUUUGCACUGUGGCAGUGACAUCCGUGACCACUGCAAGCCUGAUUUUCACCUCCCCUUCUCAGAGAUGGCUUUGAGCGAAGCAAAGCAGUACUGGAGAGAGCGUUUUAUACGGUGUUUCAUGGAGGCACGACAGAAAGCAGGGGACAGCUUCAAUCAUCCCGCGACAGGCUCCUUGUGGGCGAAGCACGGGGCAGAUGCGAUGGUAGAGUUUCUAACAGAGCUGGUCAUCGAUGCUGUCUUGACACUUGUCAGGGAUGGUAGCCAGGAGAGGCUGCGAGACAUGGAGCUUUCACAACUUUUUUCGCCACAAGCCCCCAUGGCGGGAUUUCCAAAGCUGAACGGUGAAGAUGGCUACCUGUCGGUUGAGCAGCAAACAACCCCACCGCUGCUCCUUGGCCUUGCGGCGGGGGUCUGGAAGGCAGUGAAGAGAAGGGACAAAGGACUGCAGCAGACUUUGGACAGGGUAAGGCAUGUGGUGGGCAGCGAGCUGCUGAAAGCAUCACUGAAUGCUCCGGUGGCUUACAGGUCUGCGAAGAAGAGCAAACUUCUUUGUGGUCCUGUCCUCAUGUUCCUUCUAGAGCAAAGCGAACAAGACGAGUUCGACCAGCUGGUCGCCAAGGACCACCGCAGCCGCAUCCAAGCGCUACUGCAUUGCGGGGCCCAGGCUAAUGCCCGUUACGCGAUGUUUCCCAUCGGUGCCCACUGCGGACUGGGCCAGUUUCCCAUCCUCUGCUUGGCGGGCCACAGCAAGGAGACGGUUUCGUUCCUGUUGGAGUGUCAGGCAGACGUUACCCGACCGAGUGUCCAAAAUUUUUUCCCUUCCGGAAAUCCGCUUUGGAUUGCUGUUUGGCGGGGCCAAGAGAAGAUGAUAGAGGAGCUGCUGAAGGGGAGGGAGGCGAAAGACGGCAUGGAACCGGACUUCCCACUGGACGUCGACAGUUUCGGAUGGUAUCCAGACUCUUCCCCCUUGACUGUGAACCAAGAGGCUGCAGGCUGCAACGUGCUGGCACUGGCAGCUACGACCUUGGGAAGCCGACUUGUGAGCAAACUGAUCUCUUUGGGAGCCCAGUUGGGCGACUGUCCGAAUGAGUUGGCCUCCUUCCUGGUGGAGAAUGCCCGACCGCUCGCCCGGCACGUGGUGGAUAGGCAGGCUCAGAACAUGGCCAACGGCAGUGUGCUUCAGCAAACAAGCGGCAUGAGGAUCGAGACUCUGGUGCAGGAAAUCCUACGAGACGAUGAAUCAAGGAGAAAAUUUUUAGAUGCCAUCGACCGGGCAUGUCACAGUCCUGGUUCUAAAGACUAUUGCGACUUUAUGCAAAUGCUUUCUGAUUUGAUUGCAAGGGCUCCAGCAGCUGCUGCGAAGCUGUGCGACGAGAGCCUCGCGCAGCCCAAGGUGAGCGAUCAUCGCCGUUACCCACUCAGGGCCUCAUGCCUUUUCCAGAAGCAUGAGCAGCACUACAAUGCUUAUGUGGACACCAUGGUCUGGAACAAUGCCACCCCGUUUGCUGAUGAGCUUGCGCCGCCACCAACCAAUCAGAAGACUCUACGUGAUGUGUUGAUGGUGAAGGAAAGCAUGCACAUUUGCGGUUUUUUCCGCACAUUCUGGGAAGUUGCCAAAAGCAUUGUGCUGCCGGAUCAGCGCCAAGCUCUCUUUUGCAAUAUCUCAGUGCUUCGAACGCCGAACAUCAUCAACAUCAGCAUCCUGCAGGCCAUGAACGCGCUUCCUCAGGACCAGCUCGUCUCGGUGUUCAAGGACAGUGCCGUGUUCAGAGCGAUUGCGCUGUAUGUAUGGACUGUCUUGGAGCCAGCGUACUUCAUUGAUGUCUGGAGCACUUUCGCCCAGCUGGUGUCCCUCCUAGUAUGGUGGCAGAACUCUGGUGACAGCACCUGGGCGGCAGCUCUUUGGAUUGGCUUUACCGCAGUGGUCUUCCUCGACACCUCCAACUUGCUGCUGAACUUCGCUCAGCUGCAGCUCCCGUCCCGGAAGCUCAUCAUCCAGGUGACCAUCGGCUUUUGGAUGUCGUCCUUGACCUGGGGAGGCCGACACAGCGUCGACAGCCGCUCCGCCAUGGCCUCAAGUCUCGCGCUCUGUUUGAUGGGGAUCAUCUACGAGCUUCGGCUCUACCAUCCCCUGGGUCUGCCACUGGGUCGAAACCUGCUGCCCAUCCUGAUGGCGGCCCAGACCAAGGAGUUCGUGGCCAUGCUCAUCCUCAUCAUGUCCAUCCUUCUGGCCACCUUCUUGGCUGCCUGUGUCGAAUUUCAGGAGUUUGACGGACAGCUGUUGUCGGUGGCUGUGAGAACAUGGCAGACUCUGAUUGUGGGGGAGUCCUCGCUCUUCGAUGUCGACAACUACGAGCAUGCAGCCUUGCGCUACUUCGUGGUGUCCUUCCUUUUCUUCGUAUGCAACAUCGUGCUCAUGAACAUCUUUAUCAGUGUCACGGGCGCCGGCUACGAGGAGGAACGUGCCAAUAUCGUGGGCACCUUUAGCGCAGAACGCUUCAGGGUGUGCAUGGAAAGUGUGGAGGUCACGGGAUGGUCCAGGUUUUUUGUUCUGGUGGCCAUGGUUUGCGGGCUCUGCAUACGGAUGAUGGUCAGCCUGGCACUCGGAGAAGUCUGGACCUUCGUCGCGGAAGUAUUGGCUCUCCUCAUCUGGCUCGUGCUCUACCUGUUGCAGUGGCACUUCUGCCAAGAGGUUGCGAAGCUUCGAGUGAAACCCGAGGACUUCGAUCCCGAAGCGAGGAAGUACCUCUGGAUCUGCGUCCCAUCGCAGAGGCUAGAGGUGGACGAGGAUGCAACGGAUGUGAGCCUCAAUGAGAUUGUCACAAGCUUAAACGAGCUUCGCGAUUUGUUGCAGCGGAGGCCUGCUCCUGGCCGCAUUCGUCGCGCGCGACGGGUGCAAGUGAACCCACACAGGAAAUGGCUCCAGGACUUCCUGGCAGAGGCCGAGCUGGACCUGGAAAAGUACCUGGAGAGCGCGUUGCGAUGGGCCGAGACGAGCGACAUUGUCCAAAGCGACUUGUUCGGAGGACCAGGCUCAGGUGUAUCACAGGAGGAGGCCAAAGCACAUCUGGACGAUUUGCUGGUGCACCAGGGCUGCAAGCAGCCAGGCUCCAAUUCAAGUUUUCCCGCCCGUCGUCGGAUCCAUUUAUUUGGGCAUCUUUCAUGA